CUGGGCGCCGGUGAAGGAGGCGGUGGCGCGGCCGAGGUUUUAAAGUCCAAGCGGGGAGCCUGCGCUCCUAGUGCCAAGUUCUACUUUGCUUCCUAUUAUGCUGACCACAUGGUACUCCAGAAGGAACCAUCUCGUGCAAUCAUAUGGGGCUUUGGAGAGCCUGGUUCUAAGGUGAUGCUGACACUCUUCCAGAAUCAUAGUGUUGCGACCAAAACGGUACAGAUUGAAGAAAACUCUGAGACUUGGAAAAUUAUGCUGGAUCCUGUGGCCCAAGGAGGUCCUUAUACUAUAGAGGUGCAUCAGUACAUCGAGGAAGAAAUAUUCAAUAUAUCAAUAAAAGAUAUCUACUUUGGAGAUGUUUGGAUUUGCAGUGGUCAGAGUAACAUGGAGAUGACCGUUUCACAGAUAUUCAAUGCUAGCAAGGAGAUGGAAGAUGCACCCAAGUAUCCCCUUGUACGGAUAUUUUCCACUGACCUUAUUCAAUCAGAAGUGGAACUGCAAGACCUUGGAGACAUCAACUUGCAGUGGUCCAUUCCAACCCCCAGAAACCUAGGCCAUGGAGACUUCAGCUACUUUUCUGCAGUAUGUUGGUUAUUUGGCCGAUAUUUGUUCGAGAAACUCAAGUACCCUAUAGGGCUGAUAGAUAGCUCCUGGGGAGGGACUCCGAUUGAGGCCUGGUCCUCCAAGGAGACCUUGAUUGAAUGUGAUCUGUUAGAGUAUAUUGAAAGAAGUCCUCCUUCGUACCUCGAUGCUGGACCCCGAAAACCAUCCGUGCUGUGGAACGCAAUGAUUCGCCCUUUCAUCAACAUGACUAUCCAAGGAGUUAUAUGGUAUCAAGGGGAAGCCAACACUCUUAUCAACACUGACAUGUACAAUUGCACCUUCCCUGCACUCAUUGACAACUGGUGAAAAGCCUUUCAUGAAGGAUCCGAUGGUCAAACCAACCAGCAGUUUCCCUUUGGCUUCGUUCAGUUAUGCACAUAUCUGCAUGUGCAGAUAAACGACAAAUUUCCACGUAUUCGGUGGCAUCAAACUGCGGACUACGGCUAUGUCCCUAAUAAGAGAAUGUCCAAUACUUUCAUGGCUGUUACCAUAGAUCUUGGCGAUAAUGAAUCUCCUUAUGGCAGCAUCCAUCCUCGGGAUAAGCGGACUGUGGCCUACAGGUUGCAUCUUGGAGCACUGGCAGUGGCUUACGGGGAAAAAAGUAUAAUCUUCCAGGGACCCUAUCCUCAGAAAGUGCAAGUGAAUGUAACCCAUGGGCUUCUUAAUAUCACCUUUAACGAAUGUAUUCAGUUGCGUCACAUGGACAACAAGACUUUUGAGGUGUCUUGCUCUAAUCAGAGACCAGGCAAGUGGGAACCCGCAUCCAUUGUGUCAUCAUCUUACUACUCGGUAAUCCUGCAGAACCCAACCUGUCCGGAUGGCAUAAAAGGCUUGCGCUACGCCUGGUCCGAAUGGCCCUGUGAAUACAAACAGUGCCCCAUUUACAAUCCACAGGAUUUGCCUGCCCCUCCCUUCAUUACAUUUUCCCUCAAUAACCCUGCAUGGAUUUUGCUGUGAGUGAGCUAAGAGUGGAAAGAAGAAUCAGCAGCUUAUUUUGCAGACAAAAGAAAAUGUGGUGCACACAGCCACAGCUUAUAUUUCUUAAAGCAGUAAAGCUCUCAGGUCGAUGACCGCAGAGAAGAAUUUUAAAAACGAGCAACCCAGUUACUUACUUGCCAGAAAGGUCAUAGUAGGGAAGGUGAAUCAGAUGUCGGCGGUUCUUACUCUUGCUACCCACCUGCGGUGCCGUAAUAACCGGAAUUACUUUGUAAGUACUUCACUAGAAAUCAAACCCCUUCUAAAAGAACCCCUGGUUACCUGCACACAACCAAGAGAGGCAGGAUUCUGAAUGACAAGGCAUGAUGGGUGAUCAAUAAAAGAUUCCUCUGGGAACAUGGACAUUCCAGUGCAUGUUUAAACAUAAGCCCUUCUGAAUUUAGCAGGUCAAGCUCCCAAGAACAGAGACGAGUUGGAUGGGCCAUUUGUAAGAUGCCAUGCUGGUCCAGCCAUUUGCUGUUCUCUUGUCUGCAGCUGAUCUGCAGAGGAGUGUUAUCAGGAAAACAGGGAACAAAUACUCAGCAUUCUCCCCCUCCCACUCUCCUAGGCAACUUAUAACAGGAGUAAGCCUAAUACAGGUCACAGCUUUGUGCUAAAAGGAAUGACAGAGCUAUGGCAUUCCAGAUGUUGCUGGAUGUCCUUGGCAAGGUGAGUGAUGUUGGCAGAUGCAUUAAAGCGAUAUCUAGACUCUGUAUCUUGUCUGCCCUGAACUACUAUGGACCUCCAGAUUAAAAUAAGUGUCUUGGGAUUCACUGUGUUCCAGAUUUACCUUAUGUCUACUAUCACUUGCAGCAAAUAAGUCUUGCAGUAAAAAAAAACCCUCCACUUUCAAAUAUAAAAAAGUUACAUUAAAAACG